AUGACCCAACUACACGGGAAGAGAGGUGGGCCACUGACAAAUUUGCCCCCAUCAGGAGUAUAUGGGGAUAAGUUCAUCAAAUAUUGUGGGAUGUACUACAUUCCACAUGAAAACCUCACUGUUGAUGAACAACAGCUGGCUUUUAGGGGUAAAUGCCCCUUUAGAAUGUACAUCCCUAAUAGGCCAGCAAAUUAUGAGAUAAAACUGGUCAUGGCCAAUGAUUUAAAAAGUAAAUACCUAUUGAAAGCCAUUCCCUACCUGGGGAAAGAUGGUACUUGGCCAAGAGGUGGCCUACAACUGGCCCACAUGUUCACAAAGGAUUUGACAGAAAAGUACCACAACACCCACUGUAACAUAACCACAGACAAUUGGGUUACUUCAGUACUCCUCAUUAUGGACCUGGCACAAAACUGUGGUAUGACACUUGCGGGAAAUACCUGA